GGAAAGCAAUGGAGAGUGUGUUAAGUAGCAUUCUCAUAUUUGGUGGUACAGGUUAUAUUGGUAGAUAUAUGGUUAAGGCCAGCGUUAAGAUGGGUCAUCCAACGUACGUUUAUUCUAGGCCUAUGACUCCACAAACACAUCCCUCCAAGAUAGAACUUCUCAAAGAGUUCCAAUCCAUGGGCGUCAACAUUGUCCAAGGAGAACUGGAUGAGCAUGAGAAGCUUGUGUCGGUGAUUCAACAAGUAGAUGUGGUCAUCUCGGCCCUUGCAUAUCCCCAAGUUCUUGACCAACUCAAUAUUAUAGAUGCCAUCAAAGUUGCAGGCACAACAAAGAGGUUCCUUCCAUCUGAUUUUGGAGUUGAGGAGGAUAGGGUGACUGUUCUUCCCCCAUUCCAAGAAUUCCUUGAUAAGAAGAGGAUCAUCAGAAGAGCCAUUGAAGCUGCCGGGAUUUCUUACACAUUUGUGUCUGCUAACUGCUUUGGUGCUUACUUUGUGAAUUACUUGCUCCAUCCACAUGACCAUUCAAACGAUAGUAUUACCGUCUAUGGCAGUGGUGAAGCCAAGGCGGUGUUAAAUUAUGAAGAAGACAUUGCUCUUUAUACAAUCAAGGUGGCAAAUGAUCCCACUGCCUGCAAUCGGAUAGUCAUUUUUCGGCCCCCCAAAAACAUUAUUUCGCAGCUCGAAUUGAUCGCUCUUUGGGAGAAGAAGACUGGUAGAAGCUUCAAGAGAGUUCAUGUCUCAGAGGAAGAGCUUGUGAAGCUAUCUGAGACCCUGCCUAAUCCGCAAAACAUACCGGUGGCCAUCCUUCAUAGUAUAUUCGUAAAAGGCGUUCUAAUGAAUUUCGAAAUAGGGGAAGAUGAUAUCGAGGUUUCAAAACUAUAUCCUGAUAUUAACUAUCAUACCAUUGAUCAGCUCCUCGAUAUUUUUCUCACAAAUCCCCCCAGCCCUUGUUCUGCUGCCUUCGAAUGAGGUUGAUCAAUCCGCUGAAUCAAUGUUAGUUUAUCUGGACACUAUCUUUUAAUUCCAAGGAAUUGCAGUGAGGUGUAUGGUUUGCAAUGAUCAAUCUUUAUGUAUCCAUCUAUAUUUUUGUAAUGCUGCUAUUUUCAAAAAAACUUUCUUUCCCUGGCUUGAACAA